UGGCGGUUGGCGUGCCAGGUUAUCGGCAGGGGCGAUUGACGACAGCAGCCCCCCUCCUCUCUCUCUCUCUCUUCCCCCGGAAGAAGACAUGUACACCGGCGACACAUUUGGUCCUCCUUCCGCUGCGAGCGACAGGACAUCGGCAGCUCGCUCUGAGCUCAUCGCGAAACGUCCCCCUUGUUUUUGGCAGCUCGCCCACCAGCCUGUUACCUUUGGACGGCUCAUGCAUGACGCUGAGAGACAGAGAGAGGUCUGUCGCUCUGCGUCAUGUGCUCCGGCUCAUUUUCUCAUUAAACCGCCGCCGGUCGCGCACACACACUGCAAAACGAGGGUAGAGGCUCCGGAUGAGCACAUGCCACUGCCUCGGUCAGACGGGCAGAUUUCUCAGGUAAAACCAUGCACCUGGGCAGUGUUCCAUAGCCUCCCCUGCCCCUCGCCUCCCACCUGAUCACCUCUUCUCCUCCAUCUCUCCUCUUUACCUCCAUCUUCCUCACCUCCCUCUCCUCCUCCUCGCCAUGUCGACCACCCUGGAUACGCUGCUGGACCAGCCCUACCAGAAGCUGAGCCCCGAGCGGCUUGAUGGCUGCGAGGACACUGCCGGCCGCUACAAGGUGGUCCCCUGUGUUGUCUGCUCAAUGUGCUGUCUUUUCGGCAUCAUUUACUGCUUCUUUGGCUAUCGCUGCUUCAAAGCAGUGAUGUUCCUGACGGGCCUGAUGUUCGGCUCUGUCGUCAUCUUCAUGCUCUGCUACAAGGAGCGCGUGCUGGACACCCAGCUGAGCGUGGAGGCCUCGGUGGGCAUCGGCCUGGGCAUUGGCACGCUCUGCGGCCUGGUCACCAUGCUGGUUCGCAGCGUGGGCCUCUUUAUGGUGGGCCUGCUGCUGGGCUUGCUGGUAGCCGUGGCCACCCUGGUAGGCCUGGAGGAGCUGUCCAACAGCCCGCCGCGUUCCGUCUGGGUGCCCCUUGGCGUGCUGCUUGGCCUGGGCAUGCUGUUCGCCGUGCUCACCCUGCAGUGGCAGCGUCUCUUUACCACGCUGUCAACAGCCAUGUUCGGUGCAGCAGUGAUCACGGUGGCGUUGGACUACUUCGUAGAGCUCUUCGCCCUGGUGUUGUACAUGUACGAGCGGAUAAAAGCAGCACCUGGCAAACCUGUGUGUUGGCUGACUUGGGUGGUGCUUGGGGUGUGGCCUGCCCUCACCCUGCUGGGUGUCAUGGUCCAGUGGAAGGUGACCGCUGAGGGAUACUCCCAUACCAAGGUAAUCAUCAGCCGGCAGCAGAGGAGGAUGCAGGUGAUGCGGAUUCGUCAGCGCGACGACCGCUACCGCAGCAAGAAGAAGAAGAAGCAGCAGCAUGGCGCCUCCUCCCAUCAAAACCCGGCCAAGCAAGUCCACUCUGAGCCCGCCUACCGUCGCAAACCAAACCCCAUCCGCCGCUACGACACGGACGUCCUCUCGCCGAGCUACAUCCAGAGUUUCCGAGACCGGCAGGUGCAGGCGCAGCCCUUCCCGGGACGGCUGGUUAUUGGACCCCAUGCCGUGGUGGAUGUGGGCUACGACUGCAGCUCCACGACACCCCUCAGUGGAGCAGCGGGACCUUCGCUAAGGGUCUGACCACUUCUCCAACUCACAGAGGCCUGAACACACCACAAACCAGGGAGACGUAUGACUCUAAAAUCACCACCCACCUGGGGGUAAUCACAAACCACCACUCGGUUUAAAUGCAAAUAUUCUGGGCUAAAUACAAUCUGGGUUUAGCCUCACUCUUAAGCGGAUGAAGAUAUGUUUAGGGCUGGAUUUCCCCCCAAAUGUGAACAUAUUUUACUCUUUAUUGAUUAGAUGUUAGGUUCUAAAUCUCCGCUCCCCUUGUGUAUACCUGCUGGAGCCGUCAGUGUGGUGCAGAGGUUUAAUCCGACCUCUUAUAGCUGUCUCUCAGUAGAUUCAAAUGCACAAAUGCAUGCAUGCACUUACACACAAAUACACACCGCGGAUACACUCUCGAGGGGGUUGAUGCUGAAACCCGCAGUAACCAGACCCCGACCUGUCUGUCACCAUCUCAAGUCAAACCAGAUCAGGGAUCAGAGUUUGAGUGCAAACCCGCCUCAGGUUCAAACAACGGGCAUCGUACGAAAGAUUCAAACACAACUUUGCCCUCAUUCAGCGUGCUGUUUCUUACUGCUGUCGUCAUUUUUCAGCUGAUGCUGCAGAAGCAGCACGUUCCUCAGCCUGUAGGCAUCUUAAACGCCCAAUGAAGAUUAUCUAUAAAAGGGAAGUAAGGGCCCUUGCUUUCUGUGCCAUCUGGACUAAAAGAAAAUCCUCUUUCAAAUGGGAAGAGAUGUCUUCCCUGUCGUUUUCAAAGGAGGGAAACCCUUCAUCCCCAUUGGUGCUGGACGAUACACUACUUCAAGCGUCACACUUCUCCCCGGAGGCGGGGGAUUCUGUUUAAACGGGUGCCUUGCCCCUCCUUGGACUGUACCCAUCAGUAGGAGGGGGGUUACUGGCAGAUCUCCCAUCGAUAGUUUGUUUUUGCAUUAAAUGUGAUCACAGAAUGAUUUUUUUAAGAGGGUGGGGGGGUAGUAGCCAUGGAGUUACAAGCAGGGUAGACAAUAAUGAAGGGGAGUUGUUGCUUGCCGUCUUCACAGAUGCCUGGACAUACGAGGAGGAUUUGCUUCCAGCUGACAGACAAAAAGCCAUAUUUACACUGACACCUCGUGAGAUUCACACAUACGUAAAAAAGAUCAUGAAGAAUUUCGAGUGCAGAAAAGAACAUAUUUCUGUGAUUAGUUUACAUUUUGAAUUUUAUCACUGCAGUGCCAACUUUUGGCUCUCCAAGAGAUUAGUAGUAGUGUUUUUAUCCCAUAAGAAUAGAUGGAAGAUAAGUUUCAGUCUUUCCACCAUCUGUCGUUGUGUAAAAGUUUCAAACGUGGGUUUCCAAGCUCUUUCGUUGAAAUUAUAAUAUAUAUAUAUAUAUAUAUAUACGGUAUAUAUGUUUUUGCUUGACAGAAAUAAGAGAUGUAAGUUUAAUACAUUUUUCCAUAAUGAUAGCGCCCCCUGUUUAACUGAUCAGUGCUCCAAUUUGAUUGGUUUAUUGUCUGUGUGGGCAAAAACAAAAGGGGCUAUUAGCCACUUCAUCAUCCCAUCUCUGUGUCAUGAAUCAAAUCAAAGGGUGAUGUUAAGAUCACAGACUGUUAAUAAAGAUGGACGACGUGACGGCUCCCCAAAAGCGACGCCUAAGAGUCUCGAUCGCCCCUCGGUUGAUCAGUGUUAGUGGAUGGGAUCGGGCCAAACUUACAAAACUCUCAAAGAUGUAUUGAAGUCGAUUUUUCUUCGUCAUUGCGAGAAACUUGUAAUAAAAAGAUCCACAAAACGUAGGUCAAAAAAACAUUGGAAUUGGGUCAUAUUAUGUUUUAUUCCACAAUAUUGUUGUAACUGUAGAUGUGUUUCACUCUUUCCAUCACCUGCCACCAUAUGAAUAUAUCCACAUUUGAUAAAACAGAACUUGCAAAAUUUCCCGACAAAAUGUGACCAUUUUUGUCUCUUCAUUUUUAUUGCAAUUGUCAGAUUUGCGUGAUUUUUAAAUCGUGGUCAAAACUUUAAACGCACCUUUAAUAAAACCAGCCCACGCUGAGGUGUCAGUGUAAUCAAGGCUCCAAGCGUCUGAAACAAAAAAAAGUGGACUAGUGGCCAUACCGACUUUUUCUUGGACCAACGACUCCUCCCAUCAUGUGCAUUGAUUUUCUUCUUUUCUUGUUUCUUGACGCAAUUUUCUUUUGUCAACAUGUGAAAAAUGUGAAUACUUUGUCAGCGCCUUUUACCUUUUUUUUUUUUGUGGAAGGAAACGCAAACUAAUGUGCGGGGAAUGGCGGGGGGGGUGAAUGGACGGUGUAUUCUUAUUCGACUGUCGGAAAUGCAUGAUCUCGAACCGAUCCAUCCCGGCCCCCCCGUUCCGCCGUGCGUGGCUUCGUUUUGGCUCCUCCCACCCUCCACCCCUUCAUGUGCAUCGAUGUGAAACAUGUACAGCACUUAAUAAUGUUUUUUUUUACCCUUUUAUCAUUCUCAACAGUUUUAUUUCUUCUCUUAGGCGUCUAAUUUAAUGGAGACAUUUCCAGUGGGAUGUAUUUAUUUGCUGAUUUAUUUAUUUCUGUAAAGGAGCGUGCAAUGUCAUCACUGUAGGCCAGUAACGCCAUGCUUUUUUUAAAUUGACUAUUAUGACUAUGAUUAUUAAAGCAUGUGUUCCUAUGGGCCUGUAUACCA